AUGUCUAGUCUCAAUAAUUCCGAGGUCCAGCUUUUCCUUCUGAUUGGAAUCCCAGAAUUGGAACAUGCCCACGUCUGGAUUGCCAUCCCCAUCUGCCUCAUGUACCUGGUGGCCAUCACUGGUAACUGCACCAUUCUUUUUAUCAUAAAGACAGAAUCUUCCCUCCAUGCUCCCAUGUAUUAUUUUCUUGCCAUGUUGGCUGUCUCUGACCUGGGCCUGUCUCUCUCCUCCCUUCCUACUAUGCUGAGGAUAUUCUUAUUUAAUGCUAUGGGAAUAAGCCCCAACGCUUGCUUUGCCCAAGAGUUCUUCAUUCAUGGAUUCACUGUGAUGGAAUCCUCAGUGCUUCUGAUUAUGUCUUUGGAUCGAUUUCUUGCCAUUCAUAAUCCUCUGAGGUAUAGUUCCAUCCUCACUAGCAACAGGGUUGCUAAAAUAGGUCUGACCAUGGCCUUCAGGAGCUUUCUUUUAGUGCUCCCAUUCCCCUUCAUUCUAAAGAGACUAAAAUACUGCCGUAAGAAUAUCCUUUCUCACUCAUAUUGCUUUCAUCAAGAUACUAUGAAGCUGGCGUGCUCUGAUAACAGGGUCAAUGUCAUCUAUGGCUUCUUUGUUGCUCUCUGUACUAUGCUGGACUUGGCAAUGAUAUUUUUGUCAUAUGUGCUAAUCUUGAAAACUGUAAUGAGCAUUGGAUCUCUGGAAGAGAGGCUCAAAGCUCUGAACACGUGUGUCUCCCACAUCUGUGCUGUGCUUAUCUUCUAUGUGCCCAUCAUCACACUGUCUGCCAUGCAUCGCUUUGCCAAGCACAAAAGCCCCUUGGUUAUGAUUCUCAUUGCGGAUGUGUUCUUAUUGGUGCCUCCACUGAUGAAUCCUAUUGUGUAUUGUGUAAAGACCCGGCAGAUCCGGGAGAAAGUUUUGGGGAGGUUGCAUGCUAUAUGUGGAAGAUAA